AUGAGAUCUUGGUUCAUUUUAGCUUUUUCUCUGCUGCUCACGGCAAACGCAACGAAUGGAACGAAAAGUACCGAUGGCAAGACAUUUGUCUGCAACCAGUACAACGGACAAAACUCUGAAACAAACCAAGCAAUCGAGAAAAUCGACGAAAAACUAGAUAAGAUAAUUGAAAUGCUACAGCCUUGUCCUUAUACUGGUAAGAAAUUCUUUGAACAGCGUUAUCUGAUUAAAUAGUUCGACACUUCAGGAGUGAUUAACCUGAAUACAAACCAUGAAAAAUAUCCCAUAUCUGAAAGUAGUUCUUAUAGAAUGGCGUGGAAAGUCUUCUUUUCACAAAUAACACGCUUUAUAUCCUUUUAUUUUCGGUCCGACACCUUCAACGUGCAAGGAAAUCAUACCAAGAACUUAUAAGUAUAUGAGACAAAGGAUACUCUAAUUGUUUUCAUUUUAAUUACACGUAAGUUAACUCCAAUCGUAAACACAGUUUCCAACUUUUCAACAAAUUAACGCAAAAAGAAACUCCAUACAAUAAAAGCGGUUAAAUUGAAUCUUAAAAAGAUCCAAAAAAAGAAUACCAGGUGAAAAAGAACGUGUCGUACUACGUGUUUAAGAUAAGCUCAAGAACUAAAGGACCAAGAAUGCACAUUUGUUUUUGACUCAACAGCACAAGGUUUGGACCCACUGACAACAAAAAGUAUUUCAGUACAGAAAAACGAACUGGUUACAGAGUAAACUGAGUACGUAAAUUUAUGUAGCUAGCUAAGGUAGAGGAAAUCUAGAGAAUGCUUCAAUACUAUGGAAAAUUACUAUUUGGAUUUCAGUAACGUUCCUUCAUUUCCAAGCACAAAAAACGAAAUAAGUCAUGAUGUAAGCGAACAUUGCAGCGCUACUGAAAAGCCCUGAACACUAAAUCUUGAAAUUUACAAUAGAUAUUUAAGAGACUAGUGUUUAAGUUUACAAACGAAAAACACAAAGAAUUGCUUGUAAAUUUUCUUCAGUAUUUUAGAAAAUAAAAAGUGAAAAUUGGUGCAUUAAUGGUUACAAAGGAACUAAAAUACCGAUAAGAAAAUAGUAAGGAAACAAUAAGAACAAAAUAGUUAAAAAUAUAUUAAAAACAGAAAAAUUCACACAAUUUACGAAUGGUCAAGCUGAAAGGAUAGUUUAUGAAUCAUUAACUUAAGAAGACUGAGUAAUGUAUUAUAUAUAUGGCGGUAAAGAAGAGUCCUCCUUAUCGACAAAAUCAGCAAUAACAACGCUCCUCGAUAUUUUAUAAAAUUAUUCAAUUUCGACCAAACAUUGCUUAUCUGAUAAGUCAGAUUUCUUUUACGAGAAUUCUGAAUUUCCAUGGCGUCCUAACUUUAACAGAAACAAACAAACUUGGAGUAAUCAAUAAAGUGGUAUGUUUUAACAGGUCCAGUGAACAUAAAGCGUACUUGCCCUGGCUUAAUCUAUAUAUUAUGUGAGGACUUCGCAACAAGACCAGUGAAAAACAGGGCGAGACUGUAUCAUAUUUCUCAAACAGAUAAAACAGCAAAAGUCAUGUGAUAGUACUCUUUAUAAAUGAGUUAACUGUUUUUUUUUUUGUUUUUUUUUCAGAAAACAUUUCCCUACAAUUCUCAACUAUGGAGCAACAAAGUCGACUGACUGUAGCAACUGUGACUCCAGGAUCGGCUUUGGCACUGGAGGGUAUCACGAUGACUCCAACACGUGUGGCAACGAAGGGCCAUAA